AUGCCUCAAACACCUUCUAAACGACGCUUGCAAGACGAUGAAGAAUAUACACCCUCUCCUGGCCUUUCAAAGAACUUAAAAAAAAGGAAACUACCCAAGAAGCCUGAUAGUGUAUACACUCCCAGUACUGCCGAAGAUUUGAACAAAGAUGGUCUAAAAGAUGGACCGAUCAUUCCAAAGAUCGCAACUAUGGUUUUGGAUAAGGAACUUGCGAAAUUUCCCACGUACCAGCAUAAGCGUGAUUCGGUGUCAGAUCUAUUUGGAAAAAAUGAUUAUUCUUUUGUAAGCUUGAAGAAAGACCAUGGAAACAGACCUCUGUGGAUAAACCCUGUUACGGGAAAUAUAAUCCUUGAAGGAUUCUCUCCUUUCGCAGAGAAAGCACAAGACUUUUUGAUCACUAUCAGUGAGCCGGUUAGUAGACCAAGCUUGAUACAUGAAUAUAAGAUGACACCGUAUUCUUUGUACGCGGCGGUUUCGGUGGGUUUGGAGACUGAUGCGAUAAUAGAUGUCUUGAAAAUUUUGUCAAAGACAGACAUUCCCGAGAGUCUCAUAGAGAUGAUCAAAAAAUGUACCGUAUCCUAUGGGAAGGUGAAGCUUCUACUAAAACAUAAUAAAUAUUUUGUGGAAUCGUCGCAUGCAGACGUAUUGCAAAGACUCUUGCAAGAUAAGGACAUUGCCGAUGCUCGAAUAGUUAGCACGGAUGAUACGAAUGGUAACGAAUUUAUAAAAAGCAAAGCUCCGUCUGGCAAGGACUUGGUAAUAGCCGGCAAAGUUCAGAACGAUCAGCAGCCUUCCGAAGAUAAGAACAACGAGGCUAAUCGGGAUGACGAACUUUUUAAUACCGUGGUUGCUAUUGACAAAGAGAAAUUUGAGACUGUUAGGAGACGUUGUAACGAACUGAAUUAUCCCAUGUUGGAGGAAUACGAUUUCCGAAAUGAUUCGAGUUUGGCACCUCUUGACAUCGACUUAAAACCUAUCACCGUCAUUAGGCCAUAUCAGGAAAAGUGCCUCAGUAAGAUGUUUGGGAAUGGCCGUGCAAGGUCAGGUAUUAUAGUACUGCCUUGUGGUGCCGGUAAGACUCUUGUCGGUAUAACGGCUGCUUGUACGAUCAAAAAGAGUUGUCUUGUUCUCUGUACAUCGGCUGUAUCUGUGAUGCAGUGGAAGCAGCAGUUCGUGCAGUGGUCUAACAUAAAGGAAAGUCAAAUUGCAGUUUUCACUUCGGAUCAAAAGGAAAAGUUUUUUGGUCACUCCGGCAUCGUGAUUUCAACUUACAGUAUGGUUGCCAACACUCGAGUUAGAUCUUAUGAGGCGACGAAGAUGAUGGAAUUUAUUACAGGACGAGAAUGGGGUUUCAUCCUGUUGGAUGAGGUCCACGUCGUCCCCGCGAACAUGUUUCGGAAAGUGGUAACUACGAUAGCGGCUCAUACAAAACUCGGUCUGACCGCAACGCUUGUUCGUGAGGACGAGAAAAUUGAAGAUCUGAAUUUCUUGAUUGGACCUAAAUUAUAUGAGGCCAAUUGGAUGGACUUGGCUUCGAAGGGACACAUCGCAAACGUUCAGUGUGCCGAGGUGUGGUGUCCCAUGACGCCGGAAUUCUAUGCAGAAUACCUGAAGGCUCCGUCUCGGAGGCGUAAUUUGUUAUACGCAAUGAAUCCGAACAAAAUUCAGGCAUGUCAGUACCUAAUUAAGUAUCAUGAGAAUCGCGGGGACAAAAUCAUUGUGUUUUCAGAUAACGUGUAUGCCUUAGAGCGGUACGCCAUAGAUUUUCAAGUACCAUUUAUUCAUGGUAAAACGAAGCCUCAAGAAAGAUUGCAAGUUCUUUCGAUGUUUCAGCACAGUCCCACCGUCAAUACGAUCUUUCUUUCCAAGGUCGGUGAUACGUCCAUUGAUUUACCGGAGGCAACCUGUUUAAUUCAAAUUUCAUCGCAUUAUGGUUCCAGACGUCAAGAGGCACAACGACUUGGUCGUAUUCUCCGAGCCAAGCGUCGUAACGAUGAAGGCUUUAAUGCAUUCUUCUAUUCUCUCGUUUCCACUGAUACGCAAGAGAUGUAUUAUUCGACGAAGAGACAACAAUUCCUUAUUGAUCAAGGGUACGCUUUUAAGGUCAUCACCUCGCUGGAGGGUAUGGACAAGGCGCAAAACUUGGCUUACCGGGAACGUGAUAAGCAGAUGGCUUUAUUAGCGGAGGUUUUGAUUGCUAAUGACGAUGCUGCUGAGCUUGAUAAUGAUAUUGAUGCCAACGUGGAUGAUCUGCCCGGCACGAUUACUAGUCGAAACUUUUCUUAUAGACAGAAGGUCGCCCGGCGUUCCAUGGGGAACAUGAAAAGCUUAUCAGGUGCAGACGAUAUGGCAUAUUAUGAGGGAAAUGGUGGAAGCCAUGGCAAGUCAGCACAAAAGAAAAAGGACGCUAAGAAAGUUCAUCAUCCGUUGUUUAGAAAAAACUGGUUAUAA